AUGACCUCCUCCUACCUCUCCUGGCUACGCAUACCCGUCUUCGCCACCUCUGGCCUCGCCGCUCUCGGAAGCAGUCUCCUCUAUUUCAAGCAGAAUGACAUUAUCUACCCCGCAAAUCUACCUACCGGUUCAAGGUCGAUUGUCGACCGUCCUGAAAAGUACGGCAUUGAGGAUGCCGAAACCAUCAGGAUUCCCACGCCGGACGGUGAAACCCUCCAUGCCUACCUCCUGCGUCCUUCCGAUCCUUCGUUGAGAAAAAACAUCACAUUGUUGACAUUUCACGGGAACGCUGGCAACAUCGGCCACCGCCUUCCCAUUGGCAAAGUCCUCUCCCAGAAUCUGGGCUGUCAUGUCUUCAUGGUCGAAUAUCGGGGUUAUGGGUUUUCGACUGGCACACCCAGCGAGGAGGGACUGUCCAUCGAUGGGCAGGCUGCCCUCGACUUUGUGCGCGAGCAUGCAGAGCUGAGAAAGACCAACAUUGUCCUAUACGGCCAAAGUCUGGGUGGCGCCCUUGCCGUCAAGCUGCUGCAGGCAAAUUAUCAAGUUGGCGACAUUUCCGCAGUCAUCUUGGAGAAUACCUUCUUGUCUAUUCGCAAAUUGAUCCCGUCGAUCAUGCCAGCAGCGAAAUACCUUUCAUACCUCUGUCACCAGCGAUGGGACUCGGAACAAAGCUUGGCCAAGGUGCAAGAUACUGGAAUUCCCGUUCUGUUUCUUUCUGGUCUGCGGGAUGAAAUUGUCCCACCAUCCAUGAUGAAGGCCCUGUUCGAUCAAUGCCCCACCACAAAAGUCUGGAAAGAAUUCCCUGACGGGGACCACAAUUCGACCGUUGCCGAGCCAGGCUACUUCGAGGCGAUCUGGAAUUUCCUAGUCCAGGACGUGCUGAGAAGCCCACGCGAAGAGAAGAUGAGGAAAGCGGAGCUCGACGUUGACAGCGAUGACUUAAGGAGUGAACCUGUCGGUGCAUGA